AUGUUUCUACUCAACUUCGUCGGUGUGUUCUCUGGGAGAACUGUUGACAUGGGGUAUCUCAGACACUGCCUCUUUAUAGGCUGCACACUACAGGUUCUGGGGGCAUUUAUGACAGCUCUAUCAACAGAGUACUGGCAGCUGUUCCUUGCCCAAGGAAUCUGCAGCGGUCUCGGGCAUGGCUUUGUUUUCGCGCCUAUCGUCUCUGUUCUACCGACUUACUUCAAGAGGCACAGAGCGUUAGCUGUUUCCUUAGCCACCUGCGGAGCUUCGACAGGUGGUAUGGUAUUCCCGCUUAUCGCAUACUCUUGCCUUGAUCGUCUAGGAUUUCGAUGGACUGUACUGAUCAUGUCGUUCGUCGUUACAUUCAACGCUGCAACAAUCCUCACCUUUACAAAGACACGCGUCCCAGUCAGAAAGCCAAGAUCAUUUUUCGAUGCGCGAGCACUACAGGAACGAUCCUUUGUUCUCUUCAUCAUUGGAUCUUUCUUCUGUCUAUGGGGGGUGUAUUUUGCUUACUUCUAUAUUGGCGUAUUCGGCCGUUCAACGCUCAGCUUUUCUCAAACACAAUCACUGCUGGUUAUAGUUGUUAUGAACGGCGUGGGCCUAUUUGGUCGGGUUCUACCCGCACUCCUAGCUGAUAGAUAUUUUGGAAUCCUGAGAACACUCAUCCCCGCAGUUGGCAUAAGUGGAAUUCUGCAAUUCGGUUGGAUAGGUGUUAGCUCCACCGAAGGACUCUUUGGAUGGGCUGUCGUCUAUGGAAUCGCAGCCAACGCUACGCAGAGUCUCUUUCCAGCGGCAGUUGGAGACUUGAGUACUGAUCCAACGAGAGUGGGUACCAAG